UUUUUUUUAUUUUUUUUCAAAUCGAGCUAUUUGUCAUCUUUUCUUUCCUUUUCCCUUUUUAUUCUAGUUUGUUAAAUUAUACAAUGUCUUCUAAUUUGAUUAAUGCCAAUCCUACAGUAUACAAUACUAAAGUAGUCCGUAGAGAAGAAACUGAAGCUGAACUUGACGAUGAUAUUCAAGAUCCUAUUGAUGCUGACGAAAUUUUUGACUUGAUUCGGUCUAUUAGUGAUCCGGAACAUCCUUUGACUUUGGAACAACUCAAUGUGACUCAAAAUCAACAUAUUACUGUCGAUAAUGAAAAGAACCAAAUCUUGAUUGAAUUUACACCUACUAUUCCUCAUUGUUCCAUGGCCACUUUGAUUGGAUUGUGUAUCCGAGUACGAUUAUUACGUAGUUUACCUGAACGUUACAAGGUCGAUAUUCGUGUACGACAAGGUACUCAUCAAUCUGAAGGUGCUGUCAACAAACAACUCAACGAUAAAGAACGAGUAGCAGCUGCUUUGGAAAAUAAUCAUUUAUUAGAAGUAGUGAAUCAAUGUCUUGCUACUGCCAGUUUACGUGGUCGUGAACCUAUUACUUCUCACUAGUCUCUCUUAUUGUUAUUAUUGUUAUUAUUCCCCCCUAUUCGAUUUCUUUAUUAUUAUUAUUAUUGACACUUUCUUUGCUAUUUUAUAUUAUUCUGUAUAGUUCCCCCCCCCAUUCUCUCUUUCUCUCUCUCUCUUUCUUUUUUUUUUUACAUAAUAUAUUUUGUAUAUGACUCUUAUCAAAUAAAAAUCAUC